AAUCUAAUGGAUGUUGAUUUAUUAACAAUUCAUCACUUAACAUUUAUUCGCUCUUCUUAAUACAAAACUGGUCCGAUAACUCUCCAAUUUUGGACGAAUCAGACGUUAAACAAUCCUGCUAAUUUUAAUGACCCAGCAAUAGCUUUCAUUGAUUUACAAUUUAAUUUUUUAAUAUUUCUACUGAAAACUAUUAAAAAAAUCAUUGGUUGAAAAAAAAACAGCUAUAGUCACGUGACAGUAGAGCAGUGUAGAAAAAUGUCUCCCAAUCGAGCACAGUAUCUACGACUUGCCAUCUUUGCGGCAACUGCUUUGAGCCUUCCGCUGAAUACUGCUCAAUUUUUUGUUCUGCAAGUAAAUGAUGCAAACAUUGAGAGUGAAGUCAAAACAGACAACACGAUUGAGCUGUUGUUCAAACACCCGGAUGAAAAUUGUUCGCAUCCAGUGCCAGAUGGGUACAGCAUCAAUUCAACCACAGACCCAGGUGUGGAUGAGACAGCUGUGGCUACUGCGUCGGCCGGGGUGGACUCGUGUUCGGGGUCUACUCUUCGAUACUCAGGUCUGAAUGCGGGCACCCUGUACUCAAUCAAUGUGUCAAGUUGGAGCAACACAGGAGGCUCUCUGUGGGGGAGCAGCGAGUGGUCAGGAUGCACACUUCCUACGCUGAGGGAGUCUGCCUCCUCGGUCACGUGGGUCAGUGACACUUCGUUCGACGUGUCUGUGGGGGCUGAAGCCUAUGGCAAUGUCACCAUCUCUCUCGAUCCUCCUCAUGAUGGACCCUUCAUCUACGAUGCGAACAACGCCGCCGUUCAGACCGCGAACAAUCUGACUGUGGGUAUCAACUACACAGUUGUCAUUAAUGCCAACGGACCCUCCGAGGCAUGCAAAGAUGACGUCAUCACAGUUACUAUAUAUGCUGCAUACAACACAGUCGUGGGCCUUCGACUGAAUGGAUUCGUGGUGGUAGCUCUAGCUUUGUGCCUCUGCCAACUGAUGUAAAUCUCACUGUUCUGACGGCCGAAUCUUCUCACUUGGCAGAAAAAAAAACUAAACAAUGGGACUUACAAAUCUGACUGAAACAACGAACUGAAGCUA